ACACGCAGAACUUCUCAGAUGACAUUAUUUCGAAACGUAACUCAGGAAGCCUAAAUUUAAUGGAUGAAAAAUUGCAUACAAUGGUAUUCAAAACCAGUGGAUAACCGGCCCAUACAAAAGUGUGAUUUACGGAUCAGUAAUAGCUCCCGCACAAAAAGAUUGCGCUAAUUGGUUACCACUACAAUAACUACCUUUAGGUGGGGUACAGUCCGUUCUAAUUAAAUUACCAUCAAUCACGACGACAGCUCGGUACUUUCUUGUGUUACAGAAGGGAGAUUUGGAUUACUAAUCAGUUGCAUCUCUUAGAUAAGUCACAUAACAAGCAUACGACUUCUACUGUGCACAAUUUUUUCUUCAUUACAUGUCAACACUGGAGUUUUAGAAGUACUUUGCUCAAAGGUAUGACCUUUUUUACGCUCUUUUCGAAAUGGUGGUUAAAGAACUCGAUAUGCGAGCCUCACGGUCAAUAGUCCUGCUUUCCUGAGUUAUAAAAGUUUCAUCUUCCGACUUCCUGAUUUUUGUAAUGGCGCUAAAUCAAGUUAACGUAAGCUUCAUGUUUUAUACCUUCUGCGAAAGGUACGCUUGUGAACAAGUGUUCCUAUUUUCUCUUCUGUUUUACCUCGCUUAAAGAGGCCAAAAUCCAUCUCCAGGCUCGAUAGCUUGUUUAUAUAAGCUUAUCAUAUGAAACAAUGCAAUAAUUCUUGAAUUCUGAAUGGCCGAGCCAUGGGAAUAUUACAAUGUGGCCCACUUAGUAAAUUGUAUACAAAAUAAUCGCAUUAAAAUACCGUUUAAGACCCGUUUUUCACAAUGUAGGUGCAUUUUAUAUUUAUUUGUUGGGUGAAUGCCGCAACUGGUAUUUUCAUCACUAUAACACUAUUUUAAUGUGGAAGAAAGCGUCACUCUCUGGAUCAUACAAAAUACCUGGCGAUCAUUCAUUUAAACUUAAGACAAAUUAAGAAAGGAAAUUUCGGAUUUCUCGCUUAAAACAGAAGUGGAAAUUAUCACAGCAGGCAAAAAGCCAUUUUCCCAACGUGACAUUUACCAGACAACUUAACCGAAGUAACAAAAACCCGCACGACACCUCUUGAGAUUAAAAAUCCAUGUGAUGUUCUCACAAAAGCAUUAACAUUAAUCACUAGUUCAGUCUCCUCUUGUUGUAUUUUCCAGUGCGGCUACUGAGAGGUAGGCAACGUUGACCGUACUUUAUCGUUGAUCUGAAGUAAACGUCACACGAUGGACUUAACAUCAUCAUUUUCAAUCGACAAUAUAUUAAGAAGUAAUCCAUCUUCGAGAAAUGCCAGACAGAUGUUUGAUGAACCGAAGGCACCGCAGGCUCUCACAUUAGCAGAGCGCUUGGCAGAUAUAAUCCUAGAGGUACAUUACAGCUCUACAAGGGGAAAACACCGACGUUCUCGCACAGCUUUCACGUAUCAACAGCUUCAGCUUCUUGAAAACACAUUCACAAAGACACAUUACCCGGAUGUGGUUAUGAGGGAACAGCUAGCAACUUGGACAAAUCUUCCAGAGUCAAGGAUUCAGGUUUGGUUUAAAAACAGACGAGCAAAGUACAGAAAGCAAGAAAAAGUAACAAAAUUCCCCAAGCCAAGCAACCAUAGCAGCACAUCUUACAAAUCAGAUAACCAUGUCAAAAUCAGCAUUCAUGAUACAACUGGGCGAACUUCUAUUCCUGUUCCUCCAAGUAUCGCCAUUGGUGGGGAGACCCCAUCGGCAGAAACAAGAGAAGUAGCGACUGCACUUGGAUCAAGAGCGAGCCCUGGACGGAAUUCAAAAGAAGCUGCUCAGGUGUUUUCCCACCAAAGACAGCCGUACACUUUUAAACAAUAUCCUGUUAGGCAGUAUGAUACUUCCUGGCAUUUUUCCAUGCCAAGCACAUACACAUCAACUCAUGAUUGCUCUCUCCAUGGUUGCCGUGGUAACGAAGUCGAUACGAGUGGAGGUCAAAAGGAAUUGAAUUCACGCUGUAUAAGGAAACCAACUUCAUCUAGUGUUGAUCUAUGGCGUUCUCAAGCAGGAUUACGAAAUGGCAGUUGCUCAGGUCCUGUCGGCUGCAGGCCGUAUUAACCCUUCUAUGAAUAUGACGUUCGCUUCUGUAUAACCCUUUUAAUAACAUGUUUCCGUUAUCCUAUUACCUAUGAUUCCAUGAAGAAAUAACUAAUUUGACUGGAUAAAUGAAGCCAUUAAAGAGCGCCUUUAAGUUAACCAUGGACACAAACAGACGGAAAAAUUGUUCUCUCGAACUAUUGAGGUUCCUUUUUCGGUACCGAUUUGUUAUAUUCAACCGGUUAACUGUCACUGAAAAUCGUAGAAAAUCAGGCUGACAUAAUUUCAUUGCUUGAAUGACAAUUACGUCUAGGGCAAGGUUUCCGUGGACAAAACUGAAAUUUGAAAUGAACAAUUUGAACACUUCUUGUUUAACCUUCAAUGUUUGAAGCUGCGUCUUGUACUGAUAAAAGUAGAUUAAAAUGACCAAACGAAAGAAUAGAAGAAGAGAAGAGUUCCAAAAAGUUAUUCCUUCUGAUAAAGAUCACUUGAGUUCAGUUAAUGUCUUUCUUCUGGCUUUUCUUCAUGUCACAAUUGUGACAAAGCUCACGGAGACAAAAAUCAAUCCAUGUCAAAAACCGGGCUUUAAAAUUUGUUGCGUUAUAUGUAUCUCUUAAC